AUGGUCCAGCUAUUCAAUGUCGGAGCUCUCUUCAUCCUGUUUCGCGAAACCGUGGAAGGUGCCAUCAUUCUCAGUGUCCUACUACGAGCUGUAGACAAGACAGUUGAAGACCCCCUUCGUCGAAAAGUGCUCAAAAAGCACGUUUGGGCUGGUGUCAUCAUUGGAGGUCUCAUAUCCAUCAUUGUCGGUGGUGGUUUUGCUGUUGCUUUCUGGGUCUUGGGUCAAGAUGUAUUUGGAAACUCGAAAGCCGUAUGGGAAGGGUCCUUCCAAGCCAUUGCUGCCAUCCUGCUUACAUUCCUGGCAUUUGCUAUGCUCAAAGUCUCGCAUCUAUACCAUAAAUGGGAAGCAAAGAUACAUAAAGCCGCCCACGAAGCCUUAAAGAAACCAGACUUUUUCGGACUAGAGGACGAAACCAACGGUACCAGUAGCAGCAGCCAUCAACACAUCAACAGCCUCGCCAAACUGCCAAGGAAGUCCUUCUUCAGAGAAUACUCGUUUGGUAUCCUAUCUUUCACCAUCGUCAUCCGAGAAGGAAUGGAAUCCGUGCUAUUCUUGACUGGAGUAGGUCAAUCAGACCCUAUAUCUUUGAUUAUACCAGGUGUCGUUGGGUUUAUAUUGGGUAUAUUGGUUGGAUAUUUGGUAUGGAGAGGAGCUGGCAAGAUGAGGUUGGAUUUGUUCUUUAGGAUUUCGGCUGUAUUCUUGUUUAUUGUGGCUGCUGGGUUGGCGAGUAAUGCUGCUGCUGCGUUCGAAAGUUAUAAUGUGUCGAGAGUGCUGGCUCGCCUUGGUUCGCAAAUUGUACUAGAUUCGACAUAA